GUUGUAUUGAAAUGGAUGUUGAAGGACUGUAUUGAAACAAAAUUAAUGUUUUGAUCGAUAUUGUUUUGAUUGGAGGGGUGGGGGGGGGGGUUGGGAGUUACUGUAUUUCCAAGUUAUUUUUACUUAAAAAAAAAAUAGGAAAAAAAAGAAUUAUCAUCUACUCCUUGUGAGAGGGAAGGAAGGCUUUUAUAGAUCAAUUUUGUUGGACUUGUAAUGAAAGAGAGUUUUACACUAUAAUCUGAAAGUGUGGACCUGUCUCCAACUGAAGUUCUUCUGGGAGUCAGAGCUACUUCAAGGGACAAUUGAUGAGAGGAAUGUGUUCCCAUCGCCUUAUGUUUUGUUAGCCAGGGGUUUGUGAAAGACUUGUGACUAAACUGAAGAAGCUCAGAGGAUUGACACCCUUAGGACAUUCCAAGAUCUGUUUAUUCUUCAACAAUGUGGUUUUGAGAAAAGUCAGCUUUACUUUAACAAAGGAUCAUCCCUGUGACAUUAUUUGGAAGUCAUCAUUGGAGUUCUUGUCAUGUCUAAUUGGCUUGUAACCUAUCAAAUGUGAAAUGUUCAGUCUCUGACCACUGUUGUUGAAAAGAAGUUAAAUAGUCAUUGUCCUAGCUGCAUUAGAUUGGAGUGUUCACUGCUAGUAACUUUUGUCAUUGCAUUUGGAUUCUUCAGUCUUCAUAGGAGGCUAGGACAGGCUGGUAAGAAUGAUUUUUUUUUAAUCACAUUCUGCACUGUUCAUCAGUUAAGUUAUAGAUUUAGCUGAAAUUCAUACAUACAUGUUCCCAAUCCAGUUACCUACAGUAGCAAAUAAACUAAGGAAACAGACUGUUUCUAAGCAAUGGUAGCCCUAUUCAAAGACAAAUUGAAAUCAGCUGGUUGUAGAUAGACAGUAUAUCUAUCAUCACUUUAUCUCUCAGUUAGUAUGGGCACCAUAACUGGUCAAUUUCACCCUUUGGCUCACCAAAUCAGAAAGUUUGUUUAAAUUGAAAAUUCUCCCUGUAUUUGAACCCAAAUAUAAAAUAAAUACCUCACACUAACCAAAUUUGAGGUCCAUUCUAGAAGUUACGAAACCUUGUUUUCUCUGCUUGGAUUUUUGGCCUUAUUACAUAUGUGCAGGCCAUAACCUCUAGUAUGAACCUCAAACUUGGUUAGUAAGGGAUAUUUAUUUCAGAAGUUGUAAUGUUGAAAUGUAAAUUGUGCAGCCCUGACUAGGAAGGACACCAACUGCAAGUAUGUUGAGAAAUCUGGAUGGUGGGUCAUUAGUUAUGAGUUUGCUUAUCAAGCUUGUCUGUGGUGUGUUUGUUCUCAAGUUCUAGAACAGACAGCAGACAAUCUACAAGUUUACAGCUGGUUAACCAAACAACAACAUGAACUCUAAAGUUGCUUAAGUUGUCACUGUAUUCAGCCAGCUGCUUUUGAAAUUUGUUUUCUUUAACAAUGAAUAAAGAUGAUAUGUCCAACUGCAUUUUUCUUACUUUCUAGAAGCAAGUGACCUUCAGUGAUGACCUCACAAGGGGAUGACUGUUAUUUCUAUUACUACUCAACAUGUGCAAAGGUUUGUAGAAUCAGUGAACAAAAAGUAAUUUGAGUCUUACACCCUCCUGUCCUGAAUAAUGCUUGUGCUUUGAUUUUUAAUGCCCUGGAUUAAAUGCAGCAUUUUCAAGAAUGAAAGGGAGGGCAAUGGUAAAGUUCUGGAGUUAUGUGAAUUGUAAAGCAGACAAAUGCUGAAUUCAUGGUGAAUGUGCAUGUAGUUACAUGUACCUUGGCUAGUUUUCAGGUAUGCAACUCAGAUAACCAUGAAAGGAUUUGAUACCUUUGCAGACAGGAAGCAAAUCAAUCAGCUAUUGAUGCAAAUAGGUGAUGAGUAGAACUCAGGGCUGUAGAGGUAUGUAGAGGCAAUUCCAGCCAGCCUCACUUACUCCAGGGGUGGAUAACAAUAUCCACUAGAAAGAUCUCUAAUUAAAAUAUUUUGGGGUUAAGCACCAUGAAACACCAACUUCUCUUAAGUGCUUUAAUAGAGUAUGAUAUCUUUCCAGGGAGAGGAAUGUCCUUUCCGACAUCAACCAGCGGCACUAGGAUGUGAAGUAAUUUGUGAAGAAUGGGAAAAAAGUGGAAGAUGUUUGAGACCAGUCUGUCGUUUCAGGCAUAUGUUGAUUGAGGUACACACAGGAUACUAUUACAAGACUUUUUUGUCAUUUGAACUUUUACAUGUACAUGAAAUUUGAUUUAUUUACAUGAAGUGAGUAGCAGUUUGUUAUUUGUGACAGCUUACUGAUACCACUACAGCUAUGUGUAAAUCUGUACUAUACUUAGUGGUGCAAUACUUCUCGUUUUGUGUUUGUUUUGUAGCACAGUGAAACCUCUAUUAAGUGGACACCCUCGCGACCUUCCCAAAUGUCCACUUAAUAGAGGUUUGUGAAAAUUGCACAAUAAUUGCUAAAGAUUAACAUUCAACAGUUACUCUGUACUGUAAUAAAGUUCCAUGUUGCUAACAAAGCUAUCCAGAUUUCAAGUUCAUUACCUUUCAUUACCAAUGUUAAUUUUGGAUAAUAAUACAGAAACAUAAAAGCAAAGCAGCAAAAAUAAUAUGCAUGGUACAUUGACUCUGUGUAUGUAGAAAUUAUGUACAGUAGUCCAGUGUCCACUUAAUAGAGGUUUUUAACAAUAGAAAUUAGCCAAAAGCAAUUUAUUUUAGUAUCUACUGAACUGGGUUUGUUAUAAAGGGAAUAUAGGACAUUAAUUUCAGGAGCUGGCUUAGUGUCUGCCUAUAAGAGGGUGUCCACUUAAUUGGGGGUCAGCCUAAUAGAGUUUUCGCUGUAUUAAGCAGGAUAGCAGUGUGGUAGGAGGAAUAAAUUAGUGUUAAGUAAGACUAAAUUUUAUGAUGGCAAGUAGUAUUCAGUGUUUUUCCUUAUUUAAAGCAUGACAGGUAAAAUAAAUUUUCAAACUGGAAAAGCAAUCCUUUUACCUGUUGAAUUUUCAAGAAUUCUAAGCAAUUUUAGACAGUAAUAAGAGGUACUACAGGUGGUAAAUGUUACCGGUUACUGCCUGAAAAGGAGAACACUGAGUAUUUAUCUUUAAGUAUCAAAUUUAACAACUUACUGCUUCAGUUUGGCGUCAUUUUUGUGGCCCUUUAAGAACUUCUCAACUCCUAGCAGUUAUCAUUUUGUUGUGAAAUGGCCUCCUUCACAUAUUUUGCCAUUAUCAAUUAAGUUUCUUUCCAUCAACAGGAGCGCAGGUCUCGCACUCAAUGUUACUGGGAGUCGCAACCAAGUGGUUGCUUGAAGCCAUUCUGUCCAUUUCUUCACACCAAGCCAAGACCCAAUGAGCAGUCAAACACAAGCACUUCAGUUCCUACUGUUUCAACGCCUGCUCAACCCCUCCCAGUUCCACCUAUACCUACACCUCCUUCCUCAGCUGGUCCACAAAAUGUCAGGUCAAUUCCCACCAUAUCAGGUACUCCAAGACCAAGACAACCUCUACACCAAAAUGUUUCCAUAGGAAGACAACCGGUGACACCCAUCUCAUACCCAACAGCACCCAACAGGCUUGUAGUGGCACCACAACCCCCUCAGAUGAUAAGGACACCCCAGUAUACCGGACCUCCACGCCCAGCAGGGAUAGUUCAGCCUGUUCCUGUGGACAGAGGGUUUCCACCUGUACUUCCACAUGUUCCAGUGCGAUUCGGGAGAGGUGAAGACUUUUUUAUAGAUGUUUUGUGAUACAAGGAGGUUUACCCUCAAAGAAAACUUUCUAACCUGAACAUUUUUGAAAGAUGUGUUCAGCAAGAGUUGCCAAUAACGCCAAGCUCAACAUUUCCCAUGUUCCUUAAUCUACUGAUGCAUAAUGCUUUUGAAAUUGCUAAUCCUAGCAGUAGGCAUGUUGUUUGUUAUGAAUAAGUAUACAGCUCAGCUCAGCUCACUAACAAGUCCUUUGUUGUUUCAUGGAAGAGCUUCCACUGAAAAAUCCCAACAUGGAGCAUUUGAAUCCUUGUAGAAGGUGUGUCAACUCCAUACCCAGGAGAAUUUGGAGAACUGAGAUGUUUCUUUUUCCUGUGCUCAUGUGUAAUUUCUUUCCUCAGGCAUGCCAGCUCCACAGAGAUAUCCUCAUCUUGUGAACAUGUACAUGGGAAGACCAGAAGGUAUGAAAAAUCUGCUUUAAAAGUUGUUUCUCUUUUCAAUGAUUCUUUGAAAAAAAAACCCAGAAUAUCUAGUCAAUUCAUUAUAUUGUUAGUCAUUGGAGACACCCUUCAGCUUCAUGGUGAGGGUGACUAUGGUUUAAUAAUUUUAAUCAGUUUUUGUGAUUUUGGGGGUUUUUAGGCCUUGUUCCCAUUUGUUUUUGAUGAUAGUGCUAAAUUGUUGUGUUAUGUUACGCUGGAUGCCUCUUUACAUCUGUGUGAGCACAAAGCCUAAAUUCAAUCAAUGUUCCCCUUUUUAGAAAAAGAAGCCAAGGUUGUGCUUAUGCAAAUAUUCUCUUUACUGUUCCCCAUGCAUUCCCUAAGUUGCUGACAAGGAGAAUUUGUGAAACAAUCGACAGCUUCUUUUGCUGCUGAUAAUUUUUUUUAUUCUCAGGACCUUACUACAUGAUUCAGGGGAGACAUUUUAAGGAGAAAUUAGAUGCUAGUCACUCUUAGGUGUUAAAGGGAUAAAGGAGUUUUUGGUUGAUAUUUUUUAAGUGACAUAUUUCUUUAAAUUUUUCUUUCAGGCUCAGCAACAUCAUUCUUGCCCAAAGGGGGUUUUCAAGAGGAUAGAUAUGACCGUCAAGGUAUUAUAUCAGUGUUUUACAUCUAGUAACUUGAAUGAAAUUGUUAUGAGCUAUUAUUAGAUGUUGGAAAUGGCUUUAGAGCUUUAAAAAAGUCGGCAUUCAUAGUGAAAGUGUUGUAGGCUAAAGGUAAACAAACAGUGGAAGCCACCUUGAAAAAAUAGCUUUGAAGAAAACUAGCAGCUGUAUGUUAACCCUUUAACUCCCAAGAUAUUCUUAGUAAUUCUCCUUACUGUCUGCCAUACAAAUCUUAUGAUAUAAGUUUGAAGAAUUUGGUAGUAGAUCAACUGAUAAUCCCCUCACUGAUAUUUUUCUUUAUUCUUGUGAUUUGUCUGUAAUAUUGUUUUGGUAUUGUAAGGAGAAAUUCUCCCUUGGUCACUUAAGGGAUUUAAAGGGUAAAGGAACCUUAGGCUUUAUAAUGUACUCAGACAUUUAGGUGAAGGUUAUGAAGAGUACAUUUAAAUCAAAGAAUUGGAAAGUAAGACUUGUGUGUGUCUUUAGAUUCAGACUCCUACUCCAGUAGUGGAAGUGAUGAUGAAAGGAGAAAAUCACACCAGACAUCCCGCCGGAAAGUACGUAACGGUUCACAAAGAGAAGUGUUCUCCAGUGACAGGCGAGAUACGCGCAAUAACCGGAAACCAGGUCAUGAGAGUAAGUUAAAAAAAAAUGUAUGAAACAUUUUGCCCUCCUCACAGAGGUCAGAGGCCAAGUGUGGUCAUAGGUUAGGUAGACCUGUUUCAUGACAAAGCAGCAUUUAAGCGCGCUUUUUAUGAGCACUAUAUAUUUGUCAUUGUCAUUUUCUCCUCUCUGUUCAGGCUUACUGGCAAAGCCUCGUAGAAAGACAGGAUUGUAAUACGUUUACUUAUUCUCUAUGAUUGGUUAAAAAUUGCAUGCCAUCCUCUCUGCCAAUCAGAAGAAAAGCCAUUUACCAGUUGCGUUUUAGUCCCUGUCAGUGUCCUACUCUCAACAGGGUAAUUUAGCAUUAUCAACUGAGUUGAUAACGUAAAUUGGCCAUUGUAAAGAGUUUCAAAGCUGACGUUUCGAGCGUUGGCCCUUCGUCAGAGCGAAUGAUGAAGGGCAAACGUUCAAAACGUCAGCUUUGAAACUCUCUACAGUAGCCAAUUUCCAUUAACAACUCAGUUGAUAAUGCUAAAUUAUCUUGUUAUACUCCCCCACCGACGCAGCACCACUGUUUCUAUAGAAACUUACCCCUUUAUUCAUUUCUCCUACUCUUAAGUUUGCUUACAUUAUCCACUUUGAGUUUCUUUACGCUUAUUUGCCCUUACUGACUUUGCGCCUUGGUUUUGAAUGCAUGUUGUGAUUGGUUUGAUCUAGGCUUUCAAACAGUUUAUCAAUGAGUGCUUUGAUAGUCGUUAAUGCUUUUUUUUUCUUGUAUAGGGUACAGGACUGGAGAUCGCAGAAGAACAGAUGGAUCAAAAGACAAAAACAAAGAUUCCACAGGUAUUAGCCCUUUACACCCUUAUAUCAGUAUGCAUAUUCUCCGUACCGUUUUCCCAACAUUGCCUGGGAUGCUGACAAGGAGAAUUUGUUUGAAUCAAAAGUUUCUUUAGGUGAUGAUCACUUCCUUUAUUCCCUUGAACUUAAUUAUUUGAUAUCAUAAGGAGAAAUUAGUUGCUGAUCACUCUUAAGGUUCAAAGGAUUAAGAAUGUCAUGAAGCUAUCUCAUGUAAGUCCUUCUAGCCUUUGUAAAGUGCUUACCCAUAAUGUGAAAACGUUCUAUUUAUUUAUAGUGGUGAAAUAGUAUCAUGUCGUAGUAUGGAACAAAGACAAAGGAGCACUGAAAAUUUCAUGGGUGUACUAAACCAAAUAAAAACUUUAUCUACAAAAAUAAUGUUCAUUGCUGUACAUGUAAUAUUUGUUGUGUUGUUACCUCUUUGUUUUGAUAUAUUUAUUUAUUGUUGAAUUUUGUGUGUACAGAUGCAGAACGGGAGAGGUCCAGGGACAGGAGGAGACCAUCACGAAGAUCUGAUAAAGAAUCGGAGGAAAAGGAGAGAAAGGAUAUUAUAGAAAGACAAAAAAGAAAGAAGAGCCCAUCGCAGGAUGAAAAAAAUGAAGAAAAAGAAGAGAAGGAGGACAUGGCAAAGGAUGAGAACAGUCCAGGCAUCAAGGUAAAAACCUUGGAGGAGAUACUUCGCGAGAAAGCACUAAAGAAACUUGAAGAGAGAAGAGCGCAGGCAAAAAGUGAAGAGCAAAAAGAAGCUGAAGAUGGUAAAGAAGAUGAAGAAAGUAUGGGCAAAGGUGAAGGUGCCAACAACGAAGAGGAAGAAGAGUGUGCUGUUAUAGAGUCAGAAAGCAAUACUAAACAUUUAUUAGAUGAGAAGGAUUAUAACAGUGUAGAAUCAUCAUCUGAGAAACCUUCUGUUGCGAGAAAGGUAUCUUUAAAUGACAGAAAGAGUUCCCCUGUCAAAAAACUUAUCGGUUUGAAAAAUAAUUCUAUCAACAGCAAAAGAAGUAGUAAUGCAGAUUCAUCCUCUGAAGAGGUAACUCUGACCAAAAGAGUUUCUGCAAAUUCUGAAGAGAACGAAAAUGUGAACGAGAAAGUAACCACAAAUGAACCUCCAUCGCCCUUUCAACAAGUGAGAGUGAAAUCGUUUGAGGAAAUAAUGCAAGAAAAACGGAAAAGGAAAGCUGAACAAGAAGGCCCUGGAGAUUCUGUGCAAGAUUUGAGUGGAGAAGUGAGCGGACAGGUAAACAGCAGCACUGCAACUGCAACGUCGAUUCCACCAAAGAGAUUAAAAAGAUUGGUUCGGAAAUCUUCUGACGAUAGCGACAAAGAUACCAAGGUUGUGUCAUCGUCUGCUGCAGAGACUGAUAGCAAAGUUGAAAUUAGGAAGAAAAGAACAGUGUAUGUCAUGGACAAGCCAAGUUCAAGUAAAGACAGCAAAGAAAAUGGUAUGAUUUGAGUAAUAUACGGGGCACUAUGGGACAAAGCUAAUCAGAUUCAAGGGUUAUGUACCACGUGGUACAAAUAGGCUAAUUAGGAGGCCGGAUUUGCCCCAGAGAUGAUUGGUCUGUUUGUACCACGUGGGACAUAACUUUUAAAUCUGACUAGCCAUGUCCCACAAUGCCCACGUACAAGACUGUUUUGGAUUAUUUGAACUUUGAGACAAAACAUGAGUGAGGAAUAUUUCAUGAAAAUGCUUAUAUACUCUAACUUUAGACCAUAAAAGCUAGGUUAUAGAGUCGUUACAACUUGCAAGUCAACCUCAAGUCGCUUCAAAUAAGUCACCGAAAUGUUUCUCUAGUCGCCAUAGUGAGCGAAACGGCCGCGGCUUGGAGCACUGACAUAUUUGAAAGUGUUACCAAAAACCAAGUUAGAGUAUGUAGUAAAAUGUCGAUGUAAAGCUUUUCAAGGCAAAAUAUUAUAACAUAUGUUAGUUCUGCGUUCUUUUUCCUUUUACAGAUGUUACAUCCACUGCCUCUAAUGGAGAGAAUAAGCCACAGAAGGCUAGUGUGAAAAAGGUAACCUUCUUUGCUCGACAGCCCUGAAUCGACGACCAGGGUUUUAGAAAGUUUUGCAAGUUCACGGGUUGUGUUGUUGAUCUCAGUUGUAAAGUUUUGCGAGAGUAUGAAAAUUGCUACCCAGUCACGGGGCUAAACUAGAUGAGUCAAAUAGCUCUAGAAUUGUUCACACUUGGGUGGUAAGUUUGGGCACUAAAAAGAACAACAAAAAAGUAAACACAAAAGUAACACUCAGAAAAUUAAAGGCUUCAGCCGACGGGACACGAGGUAACCUGCGAGCAGGCUCCGCUUGAGCAACGCGAGCCGGCGAGAGUUGUGCUCUUAGCCAGACUCCCGGCACACCUCUCCCCGAUUCGCCUCAAAUCUUCCCGUGCGCGCAACAAAGCGCGUACUGCAGCACCACUGAAUAAUCAGAGCCUGUUCGCAGGCUUGGAAUAAGGAAAUUUUGUAGCAGUGAACUCAGUUAUAUCACGUCUCUGUUCACUUGUUAAAAGGGUUGAUCUAAAUUUUUCAGGACAAGUGUAGAAUAAAUAGUUACUCGGCAAUUUCUCAACAGCCUGCAGUGGCCGAACGUCUCGGACAACAGAAGGUCAGAGUGAAAAGCCUUGAUGAAAUAAUGGCUGAGAAAAGGCAGCGUGCAUCUCAGGAAAGUGUUGAAGCUCCAAAGGACAGAGAAGUCGCGAAAGAAGAAGAGAGAGGACUAAAGAACUCUCCGCAGAGGAACCAACAGAGGAAGCCUUUAAACAGAGUUUCAGGUGAGCUAAGAAAAAAAAAUUGCAGAUUUUUUUAGGAUUGCAUAUGAGGUCAGGCACUUACUUGUGGUCAGAGACUGUUUGAUGGUUCAUUCUAUUAAACGUACUUUUUCUUACAACGUGGAUUUAUCUCUGAAAUAGCUUAACACCAGUAAAGUGUGAAACGAAACUUGCCAAAAUAUAGCGUGUUGUGCACAUAUGUAAUUAAUUUUGAUGGGUUACUUAAGGGAAAGCAAAACCAUGACCAAAUUUCAAUUUGAAUUUCAGUUCCUGUCAUAAAACCAAGAAGAAUCAAGGUCUGGGCUCAGGGAACAAGUAAACUUAAACCCACAGAAGGUGAGUUGCCUUUUCAUUUUGUAAAUCACAGCUGUAGAUAAUUGUUCCUUCAAAUGAAUUUGGUUUGUGAAGUUUUUGCUCUUUACGACUGAAGUGUUAUUUAACAACCUCAAACUCAGUAUGCAUAUUCUCCAUACUGUUCUCUAUACAUUCCCUAAUGUGCUGGCAAGGAGAAUUUGUUUAACAAUCAAGGGUUUCUCCAGUUGAUUAUCAUUUCCUUUAUUCUCAUGACCUCGAUAUUUGAUUCAUGGGUGAUAUUGAAAGGAGAAAUUACAUGUUGGUCACUCAGGGAUUAAAGGGUUAAUGUUGUAUUUUAAGGAAGUUGUCUUGAGUAAAAAGAAUAGAAAUGUACGGCUGACAUGAUCAAAACGAAAAUUUGAAUAAAGAAAAGAUCAGUUAUAAGAGUAAUUUUAGAUCGUGUGUCGAAAGUAAUCUGCGAUUGAUUUGAUUUUUCUUUGCAUCGCCAUGUGAUUGGGUGAUUGGUUCAGAAAGCUGGCGCCACUUUAUCAACCAAUCAGGUUCAAAACUAAAACCGAUCGCUACUUGGUCAUUCGGGUUUUCCCGCGCUUUUAAUUUAAGUUCCCAUUGGCUCCUUGUGGUAUUUUCCUUUGUUUUUAUUGGUUAGUGUGAUUAGAGUAGUUUUCUUGUUUUGUUUUAUGACACCCGAUCGAAAGACGCUCCAAACUGCUUGUACUUACUGUGAUUAAUCAAACAUGCGAACUGUUUAUUUUAUUCUAUGUAGAUUCUGUCAGCAGCAGUACGGUUGAUGAAACCCAGAAAGAUCACGAAUCACGGGAACAAGCUCUACAAAGUGACAUGGAAUCAUCAAAGCUACCUGCAUUUCAGUUGGAGCCUGCCUUAGCUGAAUCACAGCUAAGACCAGCGGAUGCAUCAGUGGAGGAUCAAACACCUGCUCCUGAUCAGAGAAUUCCUAAUAAAGAAAAUUGCGCCAAAACUACUGCUUCUGAUGGGGAAGCGGGUACUGCACCUAACGAAUUCGGUCAUGGUACAAUCACGGUAGAAGCGGAUGAAUCUGGUCCAAAGAUAACCAAAAUAGCUCAGGUAAUUCUGGUGUUAACGCUCAAUUCGUUGUUCCCUUCUCUAGCUAGACACCUUGAUAACUCUUUAACAUCCGUAAGCGACAGAUUUUGUUCUUACAAUAUCGAGCAGACAAGUAUGAGAAUAAAGAAAAAUAUCAAUUCUGGGUUUAAUAGUCGAUCCAAUACAAAAUUCUCAGAACCAACUUCACAAGAAUUGUAUGGUAGACUGUAAGGAGAAUUAAGAAUGAGUUUUAGGGAGUGAAAGGGUUACCUUAAGUUUUGGUUUGACGCUUAAAUGAAGCUAAUUAUUAGCACUUACGUUUUUUCAGGAACCUGAAGAAGCGCAAGACAGUCCAGAGAAACCUCAACAUUCACCCCCAGGUAAAGAGCUUCAUACAGUAGUUACCAGUACGUGUUUUGGUCCCUUUUAAGAAAAUUAAUGAGAUAUUUCAGGGCUAUGGACAGUUUUUAUGUGGAUUUGAUCUCGAUAACGUUUUUGGUUCCGUUUUUCUCUUUGUCCAUGUUGCAUUUCUCUUAACAGGGCUAUAAAUAAGUUUUCCAUAAGUAGCUGUCGGUGGUUUAAUAGGUGGCUGUGCCCGAAAAAGGAGCUUCAAGGCAAAACCGAACAGCAGAGCCUGCUCGCAGGGUCAACAGACGGCGGUGAGAGGCCUUAUAAGCAGCAGUAGACCGCUGACUAAACGGCUUUUAUAGAAAACCCUGCCUCUGUCAUAUAUUACCUUACCAAAUACGUAAGAAAAUAAGCUAUCAAGGGUGGAUAAAAUUGAACCACAACACACUCGUUGAGUCAACUCUGUUUGAUCUUCGUGCGCUUGAGUACUACUUGUGAAAGAUGGUUCAUCUCUCCUUCAGAACAAAAUGAUAUGGAAGAUACAGAGUCAUCCUUGGAAUACCAGCCGGGUGAGCGAAAGGCUUCAAAGGAACCACCAUCUCAUGAGGAGAUAAAGCGGGCAAUGUAAGCGAAUUUAACAUGUUUGUACCCCUUAUGUUGUUGUCAAUUUGUUGAUGUACAUCGAACAUUUUAAGUCUCAUGAGGUAAAUACUAUUACCGUUUCCGCGAGUGGUUCUUCUGGAAUUCAGCCCUUGAGGUGUCGGGGAACGCGGUAGCUUAACCCUCUACGCCCCAGCAUCAGUAUGUAUAUUCUCCAUACUGUCCUCUAGAUAGUUUCUAAGGGGCGGACAAGGAGAAUUUGUGUAACAAUCAAAAGCUUCGUGCUGAUGUUGGUGUGAAAGGGGGUUAAACCACUGUGUUUUCCUGAACCUCUGAUCUAGCACGCUUCAGCCACCUUAAUCCCUGAAACUAUUAUCUUCAUUCCUAAUUGUUGCGCUUUCUCUUCUUCAGAGCAAACGAAAUGGCCAAGAAGGACGACUUUUUCGACGAGUUCGGCGCGGAUAUCGAUUUCGGAGAAGACGAUGAUGUAGCGGGGGAUAGCUUUGAGUUGAACGAAGACGACUUACUCAUGGAACUGGAUGAAAUGAUAAAUCAGUAGACCUAAAGGAUCCAUUUUAAGGAAGCUAAAAAACGAUAAGAAUUACGGAGAAAUGGGGCACAGGACUGGAAAAAAGAGCGAGUCUGUUUGGAAUCUCGAACAGUAACGAUGAGUUACCGGCACGUGUGAAAAUGAAUCGUGGAGCAAAUGAAUGCAAUGGAAAAGUUAUAAAAUAGAAAAGCAAUUGAAAUGUACGCAUAAGCAUAAUAGACCCGCAGAGAUAGAUAUAAGAGAUUUUCAUGAAGACAGCUGCCAUGCUUCGUAUUGAACUAUCGCAUUCAAAAUGCUUCAUUUUCUAGUUCUUCACAUACGCUCAUCAAAAGUCAAGUUUCUUCGAGCAGAUCCCAAUGGUAGUUGCUUCAAGGACGGCCUUUUAUUGAGAAAAUGUCAGCUGAGAGCCACAACUAACUGAGUAGCUUUACAGUAUUUUCUCCCACCUCUAGAAAGAGGAUCUUUCGCAUUCUCUGGCCUGCUCCAGAAUUAUGCCGAAAACUUUCCGAGUUAUUUCAAAGGCCUCCUAAAUACAACGGAGUUUGGUGGAAAAAGAUGAGUUUGGUUGAUACAAGAAAAAGCUGGCUUAUAAGCACUGCGAAGAUUAAAGCGUACCAUAAAUUCAUUUCCUACGUGCGGCUCUGAUAAUGCAGACCUGUUGUCCUCUUUUACAUAUUUUGCUACACUACGUACGCUCGGUUAAUAAACAGGUCAGUGUUUACAUCUUGCCCUCUGCCUCAUCCUGACUGAAUGUUCUUGUUAACUUCUAUUUGAUGGCAGAUACUGUCUUACACCGAUUGAAAACUUGAGUUAGUAUCUUUUGUCUAUAGCGGAGGAUAGCAGUGAGUGGCCUUCAACUCAGACGGACUUUGUUAAUAAGGAUCAAUCCAAUUUCCAACAGCACUUUGUCAGAAUCUUUGGCAUUCUCAACAGUAGUCCAUCCACUUCUCAACAAAUGUAGUACGCUACUUUUGACACGAUUGUUUAGCAGGAAAUUUCCAUCAAGAUUUGCAUUUAAAAUUGCCGUUGCAUGGUUAUAGCAAGUGUCAUACCACAUUGAGACUGGUAUCUAAAACUGGGUUAAGAGAAGAAGACAUUGCGGAAGGAAUAUUACUUGGAAAGUCUCCGACAGUCCGGCGAUCAGAACGUUAUCUGUACACUCAUCAAAUGGAUGGCUUUCUGUCUCAAAAGCCGAGUCCGUUCUGGUAUUCAGUGCUUGGCUCGCGUCGAUUGUGUCCGCUAGUUACAUUCUCAGAUGUUAGUCUGGCCCGAAUGUGAUGUAGAUUUACACCGCCCUUGGCUAUUCCCGUUGUACCAUGGGACUUCAUCAUUCUACCACCAAUCAGCGCCGUCAGCGGGAUCAACGCUUUUUAAGGGAAGACAUAUGCUACUGUUAAAUACGAUAGUUGUGAUGAAAGAUUAUAGCUUUUAAUGUGAAAGGAUUGAGAGAAAUCCCGGCUAGUUGUCACCAGUGCGAACAUCAUACGAACAAGGGUACAGGUCCAAGUCUGAAAUGUUAUAAUCGUGUGUCAACAUUUUCAUUUUGAAAGACUGCCAAAAUUGGACAUUUUACUAAUGAGAAUAUCGUCUUCGUGGUUAUGCGCAGUUAUGGUUUAAAGACAGUUCUCUGAAACCUUAACUGCUAACAUUUCAGUGAGAGAGACAUUUGAAUUCUCUAAACAAAACGGAGCUUUUGAUAUGGCCUUAUGAUCAUGGUUUUUCCUUGAAGACUGUUGGCGGACUUUUCACAUUUGUCACAGGUUCUUGUAGUUAGAUAAUUUAAAUGCUGCAAAAUUGAAAUCCAGCUGGAAAGUUGAUUGUUGCGCUAACGCAGUAGAUUGUCACGCGCAAAGAGUAAGCAAGAAAAGGUGAAUUUCUUAAACUGGCUUAAUGAGUCUGAUAAACAUAAUUAAUGUGCAUAUCUUCAAUGCGCGUGAAAAUCGUUAAAAAUUAGUCAAGAGGGAAGGAUUGGGUUUUUUUCCCGUAGGAGACUGUAUACAGGUCGUUCUCACAUUGUAACAAGAGUUUAGAUUUUUUAAGACUGAAACGUAGUCAGUAAUCUUAAGACAAGGGUACGUGUACUUAGUUAAGCUUGCAAGACAUGGGCGUUGUGCUCUGUAAAGAAAGUUAUUGCGUCUUGUCUUCCUGUUUCACUAACACUAUCUAGCCAAGAUACUUUUGUUGUGAAACGGAAGAAGGAAAUGACAACCUAUUUGGGAGGUUUUGUAAAAGCUAUGGGUAUUG